UAAUGUAUCCCAUUUGGUUUAAUCUGGUAAAUGAGAGCUGGUGAAUAACCGUUCUCACUGCUCGGACGGCUGCCAAAAGGAUCGCGGACUCCGAAACGAUUAGCUCUCCCUGAGGUCAUCAUGCAUCGGCUACUCAUGCCUUGCUGCGCGGCGGAGGGUCAGUGUGCGGUCCCGGUCCCUCAAGUAGACGCCGCCUCCCUCGCUGCGUUCGCCUGUUCUUUCUCGCGAAUUGCUUUCCUAUUAGCUCCCGGUCUAUUGGGUUCAAUCGGACAAGUCAACAUGGGCAAAAAGGAGGAAGACGAAAUCAUCAGAAUAGCAAAGAAGAUGGAUAAAAUGGCGCAGAAGAAAAACGGGGCCGGUGCCUUGGACUUAUUGAAGGAGCUGCGAAGUAUCCCCAUGACUCUCGAGCUGCUUCAGUCCACCAGAAUCGGGAUGUCCGUUAACGCCAUCCGCAAGCAGAGCACAGAUGAUGAGGUAACCUCCUUAGCCAAGGCCUUGAUCAAAUCCUGGAAGAAGCUUUUGGAUGAACCCGGUGGUGGAGAGAAACCUUCGGAUGAAAAGAGGAAAGAGCCAACAACGCCUGUUUCUCCCUCGCAGGGAAGCCCAGAAGCAAAAGAAGAAAGCUCUAGCAGUAACUCCAGCAGCAAGAGUGAGCCUGCUGAAGUUUCCACCAACACGUUGAUCAACACCUUCCCUCGCGCCCCCAGGACCUCCGACUCGAUCAGGAUCAAGUGCCGAGAGUUGCUGGCCGCCGCUUUACAAGCCGGAGAUGAUCAUAUUGCUAUUGGCGCCGAUUGCGAUGAACUGGGAGCACAGAUUGAAGAAGUAAUCUUUCAAGAGUUUAAGAACACAGACCCAAAAUACAAGAGCCGUGUGCGGAGCCGAAUCUCGAAUUUGAAGGACAUGAAGAACCCGAAUCUAAGGAGGACAGUGCUGUGUGGCAGCGUAACGCCCGAGAGGAUGGCUAAGAUGACCGCAGAGGAAAUGGCCAGCGAUGAGCUGAAAGAAAUGAGAAAGAAUUUGACCAAAGAGGCCGUCAGGGACCACCAGAUGGCCACCACGGGAGGCACUCAGACAGACCUGUUCACCUGCGGGAAGUGCAAGGGGAAGUGCUGCACCUACACACAGGUUCAAACCCGCAGUGCUGAUGAGCCGAUGACUACGUUUGUGUUCUGUAACGACUGCGGGAAUCGAUGGAAGUUCUGCUGAAUGUGCGCUGCCCUCCGACAAGUACCACGACUCCUGGACCAGGUUGUCUCUCUGCAACAGAUUGGAGCUUUGUAUUUUUUGUGGACCACCACACGCCAUACAAAGAUGCAACAGGUUACCGUUUGAAUAAAUAUCCUGUUCCUCGAUCUGAGCUCAUUGUCCGUUCCCCAAUGCCCCCCCCCCCCCCGAAAUAUUUUACAAUUGUUAUUAGUUGUUUUUGUCCACUGUCAGAUAUAUGCGGUCAAUCUCGUCUCAUUCUCUUUUAUCUGCAUUUUUUUAUAUGUAGUUUUAACACUUUGGACGAUGUUGUUUUGCUUUUCCCUCACAACAUUGCUUUAUUUAAUUGCCCAAUAAAAUGUACUCCAUUUGAUUAAAAAUAACUGAUUUUUC